AUGUCGGCACUCGCUUGGCUGUUGCUGUUCCUCGUCCCCUCGUUGGCCGGGGAGGGGCUUUUUGAGCAAAAAGUUCCGUUGUCAUCACCGACAAGCUACACUUCGCCGAGCAGCGGACUGCGGCGGACGACGAGGCUGCGUUCCAAUCCGCACCAUAGCGGCAACGAAGAUGAGGACGAUGGCGAUUACUCGGCAGGGAAAGGCCGGGCAAAACGCGCUGCCCGACCUGCCAGCGGCCGCGGGGACGACAGUGACGAGGAAGGCGAUGUCGACCACUCUGCCACUGUGAGUCAAACAGACAAUCCGUACAUUUUUGUCGUCGGUCUGCCCAAGCAUUGGCGUGCAAACAAGGCGCUGCCAGCCACCUUCCGCAUCGGCAUUCAUCCGGGCUAUAAGGUGGCGAACGGCACGCAAGUCAUCUUGCACGCCAAGAACGAUGAAGUCGGUCAGGCUCAAAUUAAGGGCGGGAUGACUGUGAUUCAGGACAACGCGGCGUUGUUCACCGACCUGCGCUUUGUCUCGCGGUCGACCUCGCGCAGCGGCCGCGGUAAGCGAUUCGACCUGCUCAUUUCCAUCCUGUGCGAACCGCCCAUGUACGCCACUGUGAUGGAAGCGCUGAAAAUCACCGCAGAUGGCCCACGCGUUCCGCGUUUCCACAAGGAGGGCAAGUCGCCCAAUCUUGGUGUUCUGAAGGCGCCCGACACGACCCAAGACAGUCCGAUGAAGCCGGCAUUUGCGCCAUCCCAACAACGCCAGCAACCGAUGCCUCAGCAACAGCAAGCCCCGCCUCCGCAAGCGCAGCUGCUGCAGCAAACCGCUCCUCAGCUUGGUUUGCAACUCCAGCACCCACAACAACAGCAGCAGCAGCAGCAGCAGCAACAGCCGCAACAGCCGCAACAGCAGCAACAACAUCCCUUGUCGCUCAACAACAUGUAUGCCCUUCCUCACAACCCGGCCAACACCACACCCGUGCGACAAAGGACUGUGCCUCCGCCCUUGGCAAGCAGUGCUGGCUCUGCAGGCAACAUGGCCGGUGCUGCUGGUAUUGCAAUGUAUGGCACGCAGGGAAACUUUUUGACGUCCCCUGGCUUUUUCGCUGGCGAGUUUACGCCUGGGUUUGGUAGUGCCAUCACUGGUCAAUGGUUGGGCAACCCUUCCGGCGCGGGAGUCACCCGCGGUACGCCCCUUCCAUCUCCGGGGCUCUUUGGACCUCAGGUACCGCUACAGACGCCGCAAGGCGGGCAGGGAAUGUACUAUUCCACCGGCCACAUCCCCAUGCCUCCCCAAAGCGGCCAAAUGCUCCAGCCGCCACCAGUCCAGCAACCGCAGCCACACCAUCUCCAGCAGCCGCAACAACAACAACAACCACAACAACAGCAACAGCAGCAACAGCAGCAGCAGCAGCAGCAGCCACAAUCGCAACCACAUCACCCGCAGCAGCCAGGCAUGCACCAGUUCCAGCCACCCAUGCCGCCGGCGUUCAAUGUCGGUGGUGGCCACCCCCAACAACAGCAGGUCAAUUCGCAGCACCUUUCACAUCCGCCACAUCACCAACAACCCGGCCAGCACGGCACCCCUCUCCCCACGCCAAUGUCAGCCACCCUCCAUUUUAACUUUCCUGCCUCCGCUCGCGAGACGGCCAUGCUGGAAGAAUCGGCGAACGUUUCGCGGUGCUCUAUGAUUGUCGAAACCCAGUUGACCGGCUUGUCGCAACGCGCCCAGAAUGCACUCAACGCGUGCACGCAUUCGAUGCUCUCCAUUGGGAGCUGUAACGAAGCCCUCAUUCCUCUGAAUGAGGCAUUGUGGAAUCUGGAGAACGCAAAACGAGCAUUUGACGCGCCCACUGCUGGCUUCGGCGCUGCCUAUGAAGAACUUCGACAACUAUACAAGAACGCACGCGAAUCUCUUGUCACCACCAUGGAUCAUUUGCAGAACGCAAUCCAUGCACAAGAGAAAUUGCAUCACCAAACCACCGGCGGCGUGCCUCCGUCGCCCGGUACCCUCAACCGCGGUGGUAGUUCCGGUUUGGGCGCUGGGUUCCAUCGGCUUGGUCUGAGCGGGGCAUCAACUGGCUCUGUUCAGCCGUCCUUCGGCAUGACGACUGCUGCUGCAGCAGCAUCCGCGCAAGGCUUCCCCGUCGCCGUCAGUGGCGCUGCUGUCGGUCGACCGUCCAUUGCUGGAAGCGACACUGGCUCGUUUGUCGUGCCAAACCGAAUUGGAACUGCCAGUGCCAUGCCUGGCUCGACCGAGCCGCUCGUGCCCACUUUUGCGGUCGAACUGGUCGAGAAAAGUGUCCGCGAGCGCCUGGCUCCGAUCGGCAAUGCCUCUGCCAGCUCCCUUUUCGUCACGCACUUUGCCUUUUGCCGCCCCUCCGACAAGUGCAUGAUGCCCGCCGACCACCUCAUCGCUGCCCGCGAUGGCGUCAUGCUGGUCGGUCUGUUUGCGACAAACGCAUCCGCCAUCAGUGAGCAGCUCGCGCACACCUCCUUGGACACACUCGCCACGCGCUCACAAUCGCCAAGCAGCAGUGGAGGCGUGAUUAGCGCCGCUGUUCAUUUGACCCGCAUUCUGGAUGCAACCCAGAUCAGUGCUGGAGCCGACUCAGCCAACAUGCAUCACCUCCAAUUCCUGCAACUCCGCACCGAACUUGGCGAGAUCCGUAUCGCUGGCCCGCGCGAGCAGUACGCCGGCAUGUUUGAUCUGUUGAAGGUCAUGCGCACUUUUGCAGGCGAGUCUGCUCCGCCGCACGCCGCUGGCAGCAAGCCAGGACUGGUGUUGCCUGGCGAACGCCCUGGUCUCACCAUCGAGCCUCCGUCUCCGCACACUGCUGAAGCGGUCGCAACCCUGAUGAACUACGCCGGCACGCCGCGAUCUGUCAAGCGUGAUGCUGGAAUGUUGGAAGAGUCUGCUUCCUCGGAAAGCGCGGCCUCCUCUGGCUCCAACAAGCGGAUACGUAUGGACGCGUAAAGUGUUUUUGUUUGCGCAAGGGAUUUUUCCUUUUUCCCCCUCCCUUCCUUCUGCUUUCUGCCUUCUCCGAUUCUUUGACUUUUUUUUUCUUUGUUGUUGGGAUGUGAUGUUUUGUGUUUUGGAAUUUGUAACAUUUCGAAACGAAGCCUGGCCUGCUGGUCGGUAUUGUUUUCAAGUGUGAACGGAUGGAAUUUCAUACAGUCAAGCGAAGCGGGUUGGUCUUUGUGGUUUCAUUUGAAUGAAAGGAGCUUGAAAAAAACAAACCAAC